GAAAAUAAAACCGAUAACAAAAGGGGGCCCUUUAGUUUUAGUUUUGGAUCAACAAGAGGCGUUCGGAGUUCCCGGCGGGCAGGAGGAGGAAGAAAACCCUAAUCCCAAUCUGGGCCGAACAUGCCAUUUCUGAGGAUUGUGGGGCUUCUUCUUCCUGGAAAGAGGGUGUUGAUUAGAAGGUCGCUAAGUCCGCUGCUUUAGAUGCAAAUCCGCGAAUAUAUCCCCUCUUUGAUCAACCGCUUGUUUGGCUGCAUGGGAGCAGAUGUUGUUUUGGGUGCUGCAAUGAAUCGUCACUGUUAAGGAUUCACGGCCAGUUUGUAUCAGACAGCUUCUGGAGCUCAAGCACAUGUGAGAUGGAUAACAUUGCAUUUCAGUCACAUAGGAGCCUUUCUUCAAUCAGCUUAACACUCAACAAUACCAGUUCCGGCAGUUCUAGCAAUCCCACAGAAUUUGUAAAUCACGGGUCAAUCCUGUGGAAUCAGACGAGGCAGCAAUGGCUAGCAAAUGGAACUCCUCAAACAAAGUCCAAACAUCGAGAACCUACAAUAAGCUGGAACGCGACCUACGAGAGCUUGUUGGGUAUGGACAAGAGGUUUUCCCGUCCGAUACCACUCCCUGAAAUGGUGGAUUUUCUGGUUGAUGUGUGGGAGCUGGAGGGCCUCUAUGAUUGACUGAAUUGCUCCUCUGCUCUCUACAACGUAAUCUCCUUCUCUGACUUCUCUCUGUGUGAUUAAAGGAGAAAACAAACCCUAGGAGGUGGCUUUUUUUAGCAUUGGCAUGUUGAAAGAAGGCUAUAUAUACACACAUAUGUUAUAUUUAAAGCGAAUGCCAACUUACAAGUGUUUGUCUGAAAUUUCUAUACAGCUCGAAGUCGUCCAUUGUUGUGAAAAUAAAUCGCAUGCUUUCUAUAUAUUUUGGUGUUGUAUUCAUGUAAAAUACUAAUUUAUUAGUAAAAACCAGACCCCUUUUCUUUUGUUAU